GGUUGCGUUUCUUGGCUUCUUUCGGCAGCAGCGAUGCAGAUCUUUGUGAAAACCCUGACUGGCAAGACGAUCACUCUCGAGGUGGAGAGCUCGGACACCAUUGACAACGUUAAGACGAAGAUUCAGGACAAGGAAGGGAUUCCUCCGGACCAGCAGCGUCUCAUCUUUGCAGGUAAGCAGCUAGAGGACGGCAGGACCUUGGCGGACUACAACAUCCAGAAGGAGUCUACCCUCCAUCUCGUCCUGCGGCUGCGCGGCGGGAUGCAAAUCUUUGUGAAGACCCUGACCGGCAAGACCAUCACUCUGGAGGUGGAGAGCUCGGACACUAUUGACAACGUCAAGACGAAGAUCCAGGACAAGGAAGGAAUUCCUCCGGACCAGCAGCGACUUAUCUUCGCUGGGAAGCAGCUCGAGGAUGGACGCACCUUGGCGGACUAUAACAUCCAGAAGGAGUCGACCCUCCACCUUGUGCUUCGUCUUCGUGGAGGGAUGCAGAUCUUUGUCAAGACACUUACAGGGAAGACCAUCACUCUGGAGGUGGAGAGCUCGGAUACGAUUGACAACGUCAAGACUAAGAUCCAGGACAAGGAGGGAAUUCCCCCGGACCAGCAGCGUCUCAUCUUCGCCGGGAAGCAGCUUGAGGAUGGGCGUACGCUGGCGGACUACAACAUCCAGAAGGAAUCGACCCUCCACCUCGUCCUGCGGCUUCGUGGAGGCAUGCAGAUCUUCGUGAAGACCCUGACCGGCAAGACCAUCACCCUGGAGGUGGAGAGCUCGGACACGAUUGACAACGUGAAGACCAAGAUCCAGGACAAAGAAGGAAUUCCCCCGGACCAGCAGCGCCUCAUCUUCGCCGGAAAGCAGCUUGAGGACGGCAGGACUCUAGCCGACUACAACAUCCAGAAGGAGUCGACCCUCCAUCUCGUCCUCCGGCUCCGUGGAGGCAUGCAGAUUUUCGUCAAGACUCUCACCGGCAAGACCAUCACCCUGGAGGUGGAGAGCUCGGACACCAUCGACAAUGUGAAGACCAAGAUCCAGGAUAAAGAAGGCAUUCCUCCGGACCAGCAGCGUCUCAUCUUUGCCGGGAAGCAGCUCGAGGAUGGGCGUACCCUGGCGGAUUAUAACAUCCAGAAGGAGUCCACCCUCCAUCUCGUCCUUCGUCUGCGUGGUGGCCAAGCUUAAGUUCUCUACUGUGAAUGUAAGUAACCUCUCUUCCAUGCAAUAAAAAACGCACUGCCGCUUUCAACACCAUCUAA